AGUGCAGUUGGGGGUUGUUGGAUGUCAAGUGACGCGUAGAUUUCAAUGAGAAAAACAAUAAUGGAGGCGUGUAAUGCUGUCGAGCGCGAAGUUGACAAAGUUCUACUGAAAUUUGGAGCUAUCAACGAACACGCGGACACUGUGCUGCGGGAUUUAAUCAAUCAUAUCGAAUCUCUAAAAAAGGAAUUGGAAGAUGCUCCAGCUGAUCAUGAACUGACUCCUGGACAGAUACAAGUGUUAAAACAGGCUAUGACGAAAGUACGAGAUACAGUCCAACGACUAGCAACGGAUCAUCGCGAUCUUCACAGUACCGUCUCGAAAGUGGGCAAGGCGAUCGACAGAAAUUUCAUAGCAGACUUUGCGGGCACUAGUAGAGAGGAUGUAUUCUCCGACAAGACGCAUCUUCUCAACCAAGUCAUUUGUCAACAUUUCUAUCGCCAAGGAAUGCUAGACAUAGCCGAUGAACUAGCUGCGGAAGCUGGAAUUAUGACUGACGAGAGUAAAAAGAAACCAUUUACGGAAUUAAACUAUAUACUCGAUUGCCUUAAACAAAGAAAUCUGGAGCCAGCACUUGAAUGGGCUAGAAAUCACAGAGAGGCUCUUCUAGCUCAAAAUUCCUCGCUGGAAUUUAAAUUACAUAGGUUACAUUUUAUAAGACUGGUGCAACAAGGUCCAAGCAAACAAGCCGAAGCAAUUAUGUAUGCUCGCAAAAAUCUCACGCAAUUUGUAACUCGCCAUGAAAAAGAGGUUCAAGCUUUGAUGGGAACCUUACUCUACUUACCAUAUGGUAUUCAGUCAUCCCCGUACAGAUACUUGCUAGACCCCACUCGGUGGCUAGAUAUUCAUGACGUGUUUACAAAGGAAGCGUGCACAUUACUUGGAUUAAGUGUUGAUAGCCCAUUGUCGGUGUGUAUCAAUGCAGGGUGCACUGCCCUUCCUGCUCUUCUUAAUAUAAAACAAGUGAUGCAGCAGAGACAAGUAACCGGUAUUUGGAAUGGAAAGGAUGAACUUCCGAUCGAGAUUGACUUGGGAAAACAGAGUCGCUACCAUUCGGUGUUCGCUUGUCCAAUUCUGCGUCAGCAGAGCACCGAGAACAAUCCUCCGAUGAAACUUGUCUGUGGUCAUGUGAUAUCGCGAGAUGCCCUUAAUAAACUCACUAAUUCGAACAAGCUGAAGUGUCCGUAUUGUCCAGUGGAACAGAAUCCUGAAGAUGCUAGACUUAUAUACUUCUAGACUGCUGUGAUAUUGUAUUCGUACCGAGCAUAUUACAUGAUAUGUUUAAUUAUCUCUCUCUCUCUCUCUUUCCGUUUUAUUUAGCGAUAUAUUUCGCCACCGAUUAGUCGAACAGAGCGAAUUGUGGAAAGAUUUCUGCCUUUGAAUUUCUCUUCGACAUUGAGAGAGUGAUCGUAGUAUCAUUUGUGUGAAAUUGCAAGGAUGCUUCGAAUAAUUUAUGAAUACCUGUACAGAUGACCGUGAGAUUGGUGAAUAGAGAAAAUUUUCUUAUUUCAAUAGAGCAUAAGACUUUGAGGUUUUUCUGCCCUGUUAAUUUCGUCCAUCUUUGGGGGAAAGCCUCUAGGAAAAUUGUUCAAAGGCCAGUCCGUAAAGAUGCUGUCAGUGGUUUCAAAGCUGCUGUAUGAAAAAGCUUGUAUCAGGCCGGAUACACGCAUAGAACCAUAUGAUAUUCCUUUACAAAACACAUCGCGUUAAUAUAUAACACUCAAUUUUAAACCUUAGGAAGUGUAAGUCCAGUGAAGUUCCGUAGGUGCUUCUUAUGUAAGUCCGAUUAAAUCUUGCAGUGAGAUUUCACCUGGAAGUUUAUGUUAUUCGAGAUGCGCUGAGAUAUUAUUUUGGAUAAUCCGUUUGUAUUCUUUUUCCAUCGAAAAUUUUCCUAUUUCUCCUCUUUUCAACAAUGUUUAUGUAUACGAAAAUCCAAGCUGCCAAAGUUUUCAGCGGUUGCGAUACGUUUAUGGUGUACUUGCAGAUGUAUAACUAUUGUAAGUCGGCGAGGGUUUAGCUAGGGAAUAUUAUCGUAGUUCUUUAAGGAAGACGAAUUCACGGCGAAAUAAGAUAUUUGUUUGUUUCACACUCAUUAACGUUCUCGAGUGGUGAACACUUUACGCCACUCACGAUUUUGUAAGUAACAUCCGAUAGUAUAGUCAUUAGGAAAUAGAUAGAUGUGUUAACAUCAUUAAUUUUAUUAAACUGUUUUAUAUACAAGUGCUAAAAUAAAUGUUACGUACGAGCGAA